GGCAUGUUCUUCAUGUACUUAUAAAGGCUUGCAUGGUUUUCCGAGCUGUAGUUCUCGUUCUUAACCGCCCGCAAUGCCAGCACUCACAUUAUCACCUUCGACUUCAUCCUGCUCCUACGACGUUCCUCCGAUGAAGGACACCGCAUUCGCAUUUGCUCGCGUGAAGGGCGAGACUCGUCUGGUGCAAAUUUCGUGCACGGCACCCAUGUCUCCUUUUAUGCCUGUCGAGGUCAACCUCUUCAGACAUGAGUUCGUCACUAUCUUCCGGUUCGACCAGUCCACCAUCGUGCACCCUUCGGACUUUAGCAUCAUCGAAUGCAUAGACGAUUCACGAAUCCGCUACGAAGAGGAGAACGAGACCGUAUUCCUCGCCAAAGACCUCAUGGAACGUCUUCGAGAACUCACCACGGACCCAAGAAAACUCGCGUUCCAAACCCGACAACGUUAUCCACCCCAGCAACGAUACCGACAGCGGUGAACAGUGGUGGUGCACUCCCUAUUCUGGCCUCCUUUCCUCAUCUGUUGCUUUCCUUUAUCUAUUCAUUUCACUUUCAGUUUUGGGUUCUUUGCACCAUGUUUUAUAGCUAUUGUAUCACAGGCAUCUUGGCAUACGGCAUCCUACACUCACGCGCACUACUCCCUUUCCCAUUGUAUCUCUCUGCUCUCCACCGCCAUUACACACCAAAAAUUCGAUUUUCGACAUACCUUACCCACCCCACAUUCCACUGCUGCUAACUAUGAUUAUCGUUAUCGAUUUUUCGAAUGCCCUAGACUCUCUAACAGACCGCAUUUUCUGGCUUCGAUUCUAUUCUUUCUUCCGACGACGGCUUCCUUUCACCCUUAGACACACCCUUGUGGUAUCUAUCUACUCGAGUCAAGCGAACACCCGGUUCCGGCCAUCACGAGAAAGCUAUCCCACUACUUCCCCACUGCGUCUUUUGAAGUUCAAUCUUCCCAUGGCGGUACAUUCUUCACUCCAUUUACGUGUCUU